GGCGGUGGGGCCGUCCGCCGCGCAUCCCUUCAUCCCUCCUUGCAUCGCUCCAUCUCUCCGUGCAUUCCGCCGCGCACACCUGCAUCAUCCCUCCUCGCGUCACAACGCCUCACCCCUAAUUCUCUGUGCAUUCCUCUAUCGCUCUGCGAGUCGCUCCGCGACUGCCUCCGCACAUCUCUCCGUGCUUUCGCCCACCCAUCCAUCUAUCCGCGCACCCCUUUUGCAUCUCUCCGCAUCUCUCUCCGUCCCUCUUGUGUGACCCUCUGCGCAUCCCUCCUUAGCUCCUUGCGUCUCUCCAUUGCUCCUCGCAUCCCUCCGCGCAUUCCCGCGCCCCUCGCCCGCUCUAGCAUCGUGUCCCUCUGCACUGCGCGGGUAUGGCGGGGCGGCCGCACAUCCUCUGCGGCGUGGUGGAAGGUUUCUAUGGGAGACCAUGGUCCAUGGAGCAGAGGAAACUUCUCUUUCAAUGGCUGAGUCGCUGGGGGCUGAACUGCUACAUGUACGCACCCAAGGAUGAGCUGAAGCACCGACUGCUCUGGAGAGAGCCCUACACGGAGCAUGAGGCAGCCUGUAUGCAGUCCCUCAUCAAAGCUGCUCAAGAGCAGGGUGUGGAGUUUGUUUUUGCCAUUUCUGCUGGCCAGGACAUGGUGUUCUCAAGUGCUGGUGAUCGGCUCCUGCUGCAGCAAAAACUCAGGCAGGUGGCUGCCAUGGGAUGCCACUCCUUUGCACUGCUCUUUGAUGACAUUGACCCCUACAUGUGCCAAGCUGACAGAGACGUCUUCCCUUCGCUGGCAAAGGCUCAGGCGUCUGUGGCCAAUGAGGUGUACCAGCAGCUGGGCCAACCCUCCAUCUUCCUCUUCUGCCCUACAGAGUACUGCAGCUCCCUUUGCACUCCCAGCCCCAGCCGGUCCUGUUACCUGCUGACCAUUGGGCAGGAGCUGCUUCCAGGGAUCGGUGUCAUCUGGACAGGCCCGAAGGUAGUGUCACAGGAGCUCUCUGCCACGCUGCUGGAGGAGGUGGAGAGUGUCCUGCAGCGCCGCCCCAUCAUCUGGGACAAUCUGUAUGCCAACGACUACGACUGCAGACGUGUCUUCCUGGGCCCCUACACAGGACGUGCUCCUGGACUCAUGCCCAGGCUCCGUGGACUGCUCCUUAACCCCAACUGCGAGCUCCAGGCCAACUUCGUCCCCAUACACACACUGGGCAGCUGGUUUCGGAGUGAGCUGGGGAGCUGUGCUUAUCCCGACUGUGCAGGGGUGGAGACUGUGGCAGCUCUGGAUGACAGCCAUGACCCACGGGAGGGGGACUACAGCCCCCAGGAGGCCUUGGAGCUGGCGCUGUGUGACUGGGUGGCUGAGAUACACCGACAGGCCUCAGAGCCAGGAGGAAGAACCCCAGGACACCCCAGCGUCAGCCUCAAGGGAGGAGCGAGGCUGCAGCCUGGCAUGGCAGGACAGGAGAUCAUGCCUGAACCCCAGACCCAUGACUCUCUUCCCAGUGAGGCAGACCAGAACGGCCCUGAGCCCUGCAGGCUGGCACCAGGAAAGGAAAGGAAGAAGGUGACCUCAGAGCAAGAGAAAGGCAGUGGGAGCAGGAACACAACUUAUGGCCAGCAAAGCCCCACAGGUGACAGGGACCAGUCCACUACAGGGAGCAGAGCAAGCUGUGAGUCCUCCUCCGCUCUGCCUAGCACAGCUGGGAGUGCCCAGUCUACAGGAACUCUGGUGCCUACUGAGACCUUCCACAGUCCAGGUCCCACCAUGAACUGCAGCAAGGGGGACAAAAAGAGCCAGAACCUUCCCCUCCCCUCUAGUGAUGCCAGAACAGAAAAUGGAAGCCCUCCCCAGCCUGAGGCCAGCAGGGCUGACAUGCUCCAGACACCUUCAGGAACUGGAGCUGGUGCCAGCCUUGCUCCCUCAGCACCUCCCACUGAUGGGGCUAGCACCAGCCCUGCUCCCUCAGCACCUCUCACUGAUGGGGCUAGCACCAGCCCUGCACCCUCAGCACCUCUCACUGAUGGGGCUAGCACCAGCCCUGCACCCUCAGCACCUCUCACUGAUGGGGCUAGCACCAGCCCUGCUCCCUCAGCACCUCUCACUGAUGGGGCUAGCACCAGCACAGUUCCCCCCGCACCACUCACUGAUGGGGGUGGCACAAAUCCUGACCCCUCAACACCACCCACUGAUGGGCCUCACACCAACCCUGACACCCCAGCACUAUUCACUGAUGGGGCUGGCAUCAGCCCUGUCUCCCUGGCACUACCCACUGAUGAGGUUGGUGCCAUCCCUGGCCCCAUGGCACCACUGACCCCAGAGGAAGCUGUGUCCAGUCCCAUGUCCCUGCUGACCCUGGAGAAGGCUGGAUCUGGCCCCAUGGUGCCACUGAGCCCAGAGGAGGCCAGGUCCAGCCCCACAGCACCAGUGGCCCCAGAAGAGGCCAGGACCAGCCCCACAGCAUUGAUGAUCCCAGAGGAGGCCAGGACCAGCCCCACAGCAUUGAUGAUCCCAGAGGAGGCCAGGACCAGCCCCACAGCACUGGUGCCUUCAGAGGAGGCCAGGACCAGCCCCACAGCACCGAUGGCCCCAGAGGAGGCCAGGACCAGCCCCACAACACCGAUGGCCCCAGAGGAGGCCAGGACCAGCCCCACAGCACUGAUGAUCCCAGAGGAGGCCAGGACCAGCCCCACAGCAACUAUGGCUUCAGAGGAGGCCAGGACCAGCCCCACAGCAACGGUGGCCCCAGAGGAGGCCAGGACCAGCCCCACAGCAUCAGUGACCCCAGAGGAGGCGAGGUCCAGCCCCCUGACACCGCUGACUCUGAGUGAAGUCCGGAUGUUGGUGGAGCUCUUCUACCUGCCCUACCAUCAUGGGCCACUGGCACAGCAUCUCCUGGAGCACUUCCGGUGGCUCCGGGCAAACAGCCUCAGCGUGGGGAUCCCGUCGACAGAAUCUGAUGCCUGCGGGGGCACGCAGUGGCGUGGCCGAGCCCAGUCCUUCCAGCUGCUCUGCGCCCAGACGUGCCGCCUGCACAGCCGCUUCGUCAGCAGCGCCGGGCGGGCGCUCCUCUAUGACCUGCAUCCCUACCUCUGGGACAUCCGCAACAUGCUGCUGGCCGCCAGCGCCUUCGUCCUCUGGCUGGAUGGCCAUCUCCUCUGUGAUCCUGACCCCAAGGGCACCUGGGGGAGCUGCUUUGGCUGGUGCCAAAACACCACAGCACCGAUUCUGCUGGGGAGUGAUGCUGAGCCCUGGGCACGUCGUGGAGGCCUCUUUGGAGAGCUGCAGGACAAUAUUUGGAUCCCGGACAACCUACUCCCUGAUGGACUGUGUCUCUUCCAGGCACUGCUGCCUGUGGGCAACAGCUGUGACCUCUUCUACCACCCACCUCCACUCUUCCCAUCCAGUCAGCUGUACCUCCUGCGACCACUGCUGCCCCUGGACAAGGGAGAGCUUUACCGAAUGUGCCGGGAGAGUCUGGACUGUGACCCCAAAGUGGAAGAGAUCCUCACGUCCCACCCUGAUCUCCUUGGUGACAGGCUGCUGGGCAGCUUCCUGAGCCUGAGCCCCGAGUACACCUUUGUGCUGGAGGAUGAGGAUGGUCCGUGUGGCUAUGCAGUCGGAGCACUCUGUGCUGAAGGCUUCCUGCAGCAGCGAGACAGCAGCUGGCUGCCAGCCCUGCGGCGCAAGUACCCCCGAGAUCUGUGUCCAGCUUCCCCAGCUCUGGGACAGGAUGCCCUGGAGGAAGCUCUGCUCUUCUUCCAUGCAGAGCCGCCCACCGUGCCCCUACCCGUGCUGCGGCGCUUCCCCUCCCUAGUGCAGCUGGGCACAGCCCCUCGUGUACUGGACGCUGGUGCCAGCCGCAGCCUGGCCAUCUGCCUGCUGAGUGCACUCAGGGCCAAUGGGUCACGGGGAGUGUUUUGCCAGGUCAGUGACGGUGACCGGCAGCAGCUGAGCUUCUACAGCAAGCUGGGCUUCGUUGCCCUGCCAGUGGCCUGGGACAGCUCUCCUGGUGCUCGGCUCCUGGGACGUCUCCUCUGAGCACACUGUGCUGAGUGUGGGCAUGGGAAGGUGGUGCCAUGGAACAGACUGCCCCCCAUCCCACACAGCACUGUCCUGAGAGAGCAAGGAGCAGAGGGGCACCUUGUGCAGGGCAGAUACAUGUAAUGGAUGGGGAACGUGGCCCGGGAUGGCAAGAUGUCACUGGGAUGCAUGCAGGAGACUUGGCGGUGAGAGUCCUUGGGCCACAGAGAGAUAUUUCUGCCAUCUCAGAAGAGUUAGGCAUCAGGGCCCUUCCACUCCUUUCCCAACUGUUCCUGGCUGCUGAGUGCCCUCCACCUUUGCCAAGGAGCAAGCAAUGUUCCCAUGCUGUUUGCUGACCACCAGGAACUGUAAGUGGUAUUUAGGGUGGUAGAGCAUGGCACAGUGUGUUAGCCCCACGAGAGUGUCCGUGUCCCACAGGAUGGGCUGUCCAGCUCUGUCUAUUCCCUGUGUGGCCUUAGGCUGGACAGCUGGUGUCAGAGCUGGCUCUCAGCACCAAGGAUUGAUCCAGUAUGGGACACAAGAAGGCAGACUCCACCUCUGCUGCCCAGGGGCUGGGGGAGGUGCUGUCCUGGGCAAUAAAGCAUCUUCUGGGCUCUCA